AUGUUGCGAGCUAUGCCGGUUCCUUCGGGAAUGCUGGUGGAAUGUACAAUAUUGCUUCUUAGAAAUCUUCUCGGCGUACUACAGCAAACAGUUUGGGACCCAUUAAACCCUACCAAUUGGGGUCACUCAUCCUAUCAAGAGUCCCCAUCAGUAGUUGUUACAGCAACUCAUGCUAUCAACGUCUUAGGAUUAAUUGUUAAUAGAGUAAUCUAA